AUGCAGGUCUCGUGGUACGCGUGUACUAUCGUCGCCUGUAUCGCGGUCAUCUCCCGACUGUUCAUCCGAUUGCGAAAGCUAGGAAGCUUGAGACUCGAUGAUGCCCUCAUCAUCUUGUCGGCGUGUUGUCUGGUUGGCGACUUAGUCAUUCAGCAGCACAUGUGGAAUUUGGGCAUGGCUGAGAUGCCUAAAGCGAGCCGGGACAAUGUUAUCGAGAUCACGAAGAUGAUUAUCCCCGGAUCGAUCCUCUACGUGUCAUCACUGUGGGCAAUCAAAAUCGCCUUGGUCAUCUUCUACAAGCAUAUCGCGGCGCCCGGAACGAAGUUGCAGAUCAUCUACAAUGUUACUCUUGGAGUGCUGGUCGCUACAUAUCUCGUCAUUUUCCUUCACAUCAUCUUUCAGUGCUACCCGCUUGACAAGCGAUGGUCUCAAGACCCGCUGUCUCUCAGUUUACCGAUCUACAUGGUACUUCAGCUCCAGAUGAACACAAAGAAAAAGAUUAGCGUCUGCGCCGUCUUUGCUGUCGGCUUCCUCGUCGUCAUCGCGAGUAUUAUCCGCGCUUAUUUCUCCAAACGCAACGAGACCAUGUUAACAUGUACCGUUUCUAUGGUUGAAGAAAGUGUGGCAAUCAUCGCCGCCUGCCUACCAUCCCUUCGAUCAGUGAUGAUGAAUCAAUUCCCCACUGCAGCCUCCAGACCUAACUACAACAAUUACGGUGGCCGCAUCGAGCUUUCGCUUAUAGGAAAUUUGAAGUCCGGGGGGCGCGCACAGAGUAGUCGGACAACCAACAUUCUGGGUGGAACACAGGUCCAGCUCAAUGACUCAGAAGACGAGCUGGUCCAAGAGGCCGAGGCCCACAAUGCGCCCAGCGUUAAUGCGCCCAGCGUUAAUGCGUCUGAAGAUAGCAGUAAGAUCGGCAUCGCCGUGACAACGUUCCAGGUCAGGAACUCUCUAGACAAGGAGUGUCUUGCCGAAUGA